CCACUGAGCCAAACCAGUCAGGGCAAGGAAAAUAUUUUAAAAUAGGAGUGAGCCAGGUUAAAGGACAUUCUGAUUGCAUUCCCACAGCCCAUCAUCCCCAGCAGUUUGAGUCAUUUCUUCAUUCCCUCUGGACAGCCUGUGUUCCUGGCCCUUUGUGAGGGGCAAUGCUGGAGCACAGGAAUAGCCAGUUCAGCUCCAUCCCUUCCCUCACAGGAAGUAUCUCAGCGUGUGGAAGGGACACAGGCUACAAAAAGGAGAAAGGCCAAAUCGUUUUGAGGUCAGGGUGGGACAUCUAAACAUAAGGAGCGGAAGUUGGUGGCUAGUUAGACUAAAAGACGCUAGAGUAAGUGCCCACUCUCCCUGCUAAGCAAGGGCCUCUAGCCUGGGAAUUCUUACCAACUCUGGUCUAUGUGUUGAGCAACAGCUCCCUCUGCUGGCCUCAAUACAUUUAAGUGUAGUAUCUAUCUAUCUGUGUGGGAUAUGUGCUGGGAAUGCAAACUGCUCCUGGCCAGUGUCUAGAUAACUGCACCAGCCUCCUCACAGAUCUCCCUUCCCCUGAAACCCCUUGCCCUAUCCCCACAGGAUAUAAAGGAGCUCAAGCUACUUAAUAUGGCUUAUGAGGCCCCAUACCUGGCCCCUGGUGACCUCACCGUCUUCAUCUUUUGCUGCUCCCCCUUUGCACUUCAGAUAAGUGAUUUGGGGGGAGUCAAGUCCCUUGAAUCUAUAAAUGCCAUGAUCCAAAUUCACAUGUAUGUGGAAUUUUGCAUAAAGAUACAUGAGGUUCUCAAUUCUCUGCCGCCCAAUCAAGGCCUUCAAGUUAGAACUUAUUCCCAUUCCAUAUGAAGCCUUUACAGCAACCAGAACUAUCCAUGUGUGUGCUCUCUAGAUCUUUGGCUUCUCCCAUCCCCCUACCUAAACCCUUCCCUACCGCCCUUCCUCUUGUCCUAAAUCAUCUUUCAGGUCUCAACUGGGGCAUCUCAUCCUCCCAAAAGAAGCCUUCCCUGGGCCUCCAGAAUGGGUGGCAGCUCCCUUAUCCCCCUCAGUCCAUUAGAGCCCUGAACAUUCAGGACGGUCACUGGUGACAUGUCUACUACCUAAGGCAAAGCAGUUUCCUAAGGCCACGUUUUUCUCCAUAUCUGCAGAUUGUCCCAGCCCUCACCACCCAGCUCAUGCUAACCGGAGACCGGGUGUGAUGACAGAGCAAGAGACAAGGCUUAGUAAAUAUUCUUUGAAAUGGUGAAAAGAAAAGGAAAGGCUGGCGUUUAAACUAGACCACAAACCCUUUGAGGCCCUGAAGGGUUUCUCAUUCAACCGAUCAUCCAUCCCAAAAUUAAGCAUGCGGGCUUUGGAGUCACUGCCGUGAACAGGUUGAACAUCUUCCUCCUGAUAUACCAGUUCCGUAGCAGUUCAGAUUGGAGGUGGGGGGAACCAAGUGUUAGGCCUCUGACACGGGUGGCCUUUUCCUUCCCGGCUACGGAGAGUGAAACCUAAGUGAGACACGCAUGCGCAUAGAAAGGUCCGCCUUCUGCCCGGAACUUUGGUUCUGGGCGCAGCGGGGCAUCGGGACCCCAGCGAGUGUGCUCAGCCGGAAGUGGCCGCUUAGGGCGUGGAGCCGAGUUGACGGUGCGGAGCCUACCUCGGCGGUUAAAAAGCGUAGAAAAUCCGGAUGGAGGCUGUGGCGGCGGCGUCGGCGACAGCAAGGGAACCUGAUGAAGGCUGCACAGAGCCCACUUCUGGGCACUGGGGGGAGCUGAGCUGGAUGCCAGUCCCAUCCAGACCCGUGGACAAGGUGGAAGCAGCAGAGGGCGUUCCAAAGGCCCUGGGCAAUGACGCCUCUGGGACUGAGAAUGCAGCAGUGAGUGCUAUGCUGCAUGCCGUGGCUGCCAGCCACCUGCCUGUAUGCAGCCAGCAGCAAGGAGAGCCUGACCUGACGGAGCAGGAGAAGGUGGCCAUCCUGGGCCAGCUGUAUCACGAAAAGCCACUGGUGUUUCUAGAGCGUUUCCGCACAGGCCUCCGCGAGGAGCACCUGGCCUGCUUUGGCCACCUACGUGGUGAUCACCGUGCAGACUUCUACUGUGCGGAGGUAGCCCGGCAGGGCACCGCUCGGCCCCGCACCCUACGUACACGCCUGCGUAACCGGCGCUACGCUGCCCUGCGUGAGCUCAUCCAAGGGGGCGAGUACUUCAGUGACGAGCAGAUGCGGUUCCGGGCUCCACUGCUGUAUGAGCAGUACAUCGGGCAGUACUUAACCCAGGAGGAGCUCAGUGCCCGCACCCCAGCCCACCAGCCACCCAAGCCCGGCUCCCCCGGCACACCCCCUUGCCCACUCUCCGACCUGCUGCUGCAAUCCUACCAGGAACAGGAGCUGCAGCAACGGCUGCUCCAGCAGCAGGAGGAGGAGGAGGCCUGCCUGGAGGAGGAGGAAGAAGAGGAAGAGGACAGUGACAAGGAAGACCAGAGCCCUGGCAAAGAUUCGGAGACCUGGGUUCCCGACUCCGAGGAGAGGCUGAUCCUGCGGGAAGAGUUCACCAGCCGGAUGCACCAGCGCUUCCUGGACGGCAAGGACGGGGACUUUGACUACAGCGCCGUGGAUGAUAACCCCGACUUCGACAACCUGGACAUUGUGGCCCGGGAUGAGGAAGAGAGGUACUUUGAUGAGGAGGAGCCUGAGGAUGCACCUAGCCCGGAGCUAGACGGGGACUGAUGGCCCAGCCACCCGCCCUGUCCACCCCCCCACCCCCCAAACAAGGCAGCUGAUCAGUGGCUGGCUCAGAGACUUUCUUCAGGGACCCCAGUGAAGCUGCCUCAGAGGGUCUGGUCCCAUCUCAGACUGCCCCUCCCGCUGUGUCUGCAGUUCCCCCCAACCCAACCCUGCUUCAUUGCUGUUUCUCUGGGUUUCUUUCUCUGUCUUUGGUCUCUUUUUCUCCCUGCCUUUCUGUCUCCCUCUCUCCACCUCAGUCUCUUUCCUCUCUGCCUUUCUGUUUCUCCUCCUCAUUCUGUGCCUUGGCCUCUGUCACCACAACAGGGCGAACAUCCUUCCCUUGACCAAGUCCAGCAGGGCCCUUUGUAGCUAGAGCCAGCCAAGUCGACACCAGUGCCCAACUUGGGGUCGGGCUGAUCCCUGGGCCCCAGAGCAGCUCGCUAUCUCCCCUCCUGGUCCCUACUCUGUUAUUCACCUGUCCCAUUUGUCAAGCUCUCCUUGCCUCUAUAUGUUCCCUUCUCUCCUUCGGCCUUGUGGGCCUGUGGUUCUUCCUGCCAGUCCGUUUCCAUCUCUCAGCCUUUAUCUCUGGGUUUCAGUGCCAUCCCCAGUCUGGCUGCUGAGUGUGGCCUCACUGCAGGCAGGGGGAGAGCACAGAGGUGUCCACAGCCAUCACCGCUCCACUGGGACCCAGCCCUGGGAGGGAUGGGCAGGGGAAGCACUGGGUAUCAUGGGCCUGCCAGCUUGGGAGUGGGGGAGGGGCACUCUCCCCUCCCAGCCCACAGCCCCCCUCUGCCCAGCCACAAUUUUCCCUUUCUUCACUUCCUCUGCCUCUCUCUCCCUCUUGUUUACACUCCCCAAAUACGCACAGGCUGUUAUCAUGGGUCCUGAGUCAUCCCACACACACAGGCUGCCCCUCGUCUCUGCCCCCAGCCAGCCACAGGCCCGCCCCACAGAGCCCCCUGCCUCCCCGGCUAAUGGGAGCCAGAUGGCCGCCUGGUGACUCAGCCACCGGCCUGUGGGAACCCAGGCAUCCCGCCUUCCCAUGCCCCCACACCCAGCUCAUGCUCCCCCAGUAGACACAUGGAAAAGGGCCGUCUGCUGGAGGAGAGCAUGGCCACGGGUCAGGGAGGUGGGGCCUGGGGCCUCUCAGCCCUGUGCACAGGAGUAGCGGCAUCCUUCCACAGCCAAACCUAAAGACCCUUCAAGCUGCCUCUUGGGGCAUGUAGUCCAGAGUGAGCAGAGGCCUUGAGGCCUCCUAGGGCCAUGACUGGACCCCCAGGCCUUAGCUCUGCCCUCUGGGUCAGCCAGAAUUAGAGCCAGACACAGAAAGUGAGAGCUGGAUGGGCACGGAGGGACAUUCAGGCUGUUCAAUGAGAAAAAAAAAAAGGAAAGUUCUGGUUUCUGAGCAGUUCUAUCCUGUGCCAGGCCCGAGCCAGGUGCUUGACACUGCGCUGAAUCCUCCAGACAUCGCUGCGAACUAGGGACUCAACUCAUAGACCGGGCAAGGGAGGCCCAGGAAGGAGGGCGGCCUUCAGAGGUGAAAAGGCAGGUCUAGAACCACAAGUCCUAGAGAGCUCUACUGGCCUGCGGUCAGCUAUCGGCACUCAGAGUGGACAAAUGCACAGACGUCCUCACAUGGGAAGACGAGAAGACUUAGCUGUUGAUGAUGAUAGCAGCUAAGCUUUGGGCGCCUCUUCGGCACCAGGCACCGUCCUCCACACAGACUUGACUGAAUCAUCUUGACAGAGAAGCCAGUAUUUGAAUCCCAACCAUCACGGUCCUGUGCGCCUCUUGCUAUCAGUACUGAUAAUCCACCUCCCGGAGGAGGCCCAGGGUCAUCCAGGCAGCUGACUCACAGGAGAGACGUGUGUCCUGGCACCUGUGCUUAUGCCCUCAGGUUGUGAGCACACUCCUACUCCAGGCAUCAGCCCUUAGUGCACAUUUUUCACCAUUCGAUCAUUAAAUUUGUGGUAUACUG